AUGUUCCUGUUUAUGAAAGAGAUUUUCCAAAGAGGUGCCCCUGAAGAGACAUUAGCACCAGACAUAUUUUGGGAUAAUCUUUAUUGGAGACUAAAUGUUCACAGGGAUGGCCGCAUAGAUGCUCUGGAACUAGUGCACGCUUUCGAAGAUGUUCCACAGGAAGAAUCGAAAACUAAAGACUUCGAGGCGUUCCGGAAAUACCUUGAGAAGAACAACAAGAAAUUAUUGCUGGGUUUUGGAAAAGUCACAAAGAACAGAGGUGGGAACAUAAGCAAAUGGAGGAUUAUGCACCUCAUGGGAAGACUGCAUGUCAGUAUUAAUCUCUUCCACGCAAACCGAAUUCUUAAUCACUUGGACCCAAAUGAUUAUAUGGAUAUGGAUUGGAAUGAAUGGAGGAAGAUCUACAUCAUAACUGUGGAGGACAACAUGCGAACUAUGAUUGACAUCUGGAGAUACAACAGUAUCUUUUCCAUUAAUGAUGACAUAACUAAUUGUGAGGAGUUCUUGGAAAAUGAGGAACCGGAGAAGUGGUGGGGCCACCUUAUAGCAGGAGGCACAGCGGGAGGUGUUUCACGAACAGUGACUGCCCCAUUUGAUCGCCUCCGGGUGUUGAUGCAGGUUUAUUCCACACGGCAAAAUAAGAUGAAGAUUUCUAGUGGCCUGAGAACAAUGAUCAGGGAAGGAGGUGUAAGUUCAAUGUGGAGAGGGAAUCUAACUAACAUUAUCAAAAUUGGUCCUGAGCUAGCAUUCAAGUUCAUGGCCUAUGAAGAGCUCAAGAGUCUAAUAGUGGAUGAACCGGAAAAUUUGGGAAUGAAGGAAAGAUUUCUUGCAGGCUCAAUGGCUGGUGCAUUCUCUCAAACAGCCACUUAUCCAGUUGAGAUGCUGAAGACGAGAAUGAUGUUACGAAAAACAGGGCAACCACGGGAACUCUAUGUCCAAAUCAGUAAUAUAUUCAAAUAUGAAGGAAUUUCCACUUUCUACAGGGGCUAUGUACCGAAUAUCCUGGGAAUCAUCCCCUAUGCUGGUAUAGACUUGGCUGUGUAUGAGACACUGAAGAACUUGUGGAUACGGAGAUACACAAAAGGAAAUGAGCGCCCUAAUAUGUUGCUGGUCGUGGGCAGUGCCACCACUUCGAAUAUAGUUGGGCAGCUGGCCAGUUACCCACUGAUGGUGCUGCAUACUCACAUGCAGGCACAAGUCAUUGAAAAAGGAAUGAAAAAACCAAGGAUGAGGGAAUACUUCUGGAAGAUUUUAGGCACAGAUGGUUUGCCUGGGUUCUACCGUGGAUUUACUGCAAACUUGAUCAAGGCCGUUCCAUCAGUCUGCAUCAGUUACAUACUGUACGAAUAUCUGAAGAAUCACAUGGGCCUGAGCUCCCACUAGGGACUCUCAGCCAACACCCCGAAAUGGAC